GGGGUCAACAGGCCCGGCCCGGAGGGCUCCGCCGGCCACCGGAGGGCUCCGCCGGCGAGGGCUGCUCCUGGGCUCCCGGCGGCGACCCCGAAGUUCACGCGCGUCCUGUCUUUGUCUCUGCAGCCGUGGGCUUGCGCUGUGUGUCUGUCUGGGGAGGGGGUCGCCGCGGGGACUCGGUCCUGGGCGCGUCUCUGCGUGGGCGCUUCUUGGGGUUCGCGGGUGCGGGCCCGGCCCUGGGAGCCUGCCGGCCGCGCCGCUGGUGUCUGCCCUGGGGUCGGGGUCGCGGCACUGGGCUGCCUGUCCCCAUGCCUCAGGUGGUGUUGGGCGCGAACCUUGCUUUGCUGCCCUGAGGGUCUGAAUCAUCCCAGGCCUGGGGGCUUGAUCGGGCUUCAGUGGAGGCAGAAGGUGCUGCCCUCCAGGUCCCUCUUCUGCACUGGGGGCAGACCUUGAGGGGCCCAGGGUCCUGGGAGACCCGCCCUGCUUCCCAGAGGGGCACUGAGGCUCCAGGCCAGAAGGUCUGCAGGAACCCAGAGUCCCAAACGCACCCCCACCCCAGGGCCGAACUGGGAGACUGCUCAUUCACUUCUGGCAGGGCCAUAGGAGAGGACCUAUUCUUAGCCCAUUUUACCGAUGAGAAAACAGGUACCAAGAAGUGACACAGUGGGAUGCCAACCUGGGCCUUGUGGUUCUGUGUGUGUGGUCUCCUUCUGGCCACAGCACCCCCGCACGGGAGACUGGAGUGUGGCUGACCCAGGAAAAUGGAGGCUGCCUGCAGAGAACCUGGCUCCGGGGCACGCAGGGUGGGGCCUCUGGAGGAAAGGCAGAGCAGCCUUUGGGCUGAGCGCGCGGGGGUGGCCAGGUGCCCAGGUGCCCUCCCUGCUGCUCAUUAGCAUUAUACUCUCCCAGAUGCGGGGUGUGGUGCCAGCCACUCUCCGGCUGCCACUGAUCUGGGAUCUCUUCCUGCACCCCGGGGCUGGAGUGGCUCUCUCCGCAGACUAGCCAGGCAGCACCCCUGUCUUUCUAGGCUGGGGGCGGGGGAGUGUAGGGAGGCCUCUGGAACCCAGAACCUGGAACCAACUUGGUGCUUUAGGUCCCAGCCCCUGGCCUGUGCACUCUGGGUUCUCAGCACUUUGAGCGGGGACUGCCUGACUCCCCAAGCACCCUGGCUCGUGGAUGGGGUCCAGACUGAUCUGCUGGCCUAGGCUGAAAGGCUAAGUAGCCCACUAGCCCCGCUCUCUGAUGCUGCCGUCUGUUGACCCAGGUAGUAGAGGAUGGGGGUCCCCUGGAUGGAGUCAGCCUGCUGCUGCCUGCUUCAAGGGCUGCGGGAGUUUCCUGCCUACAGCUAGGAGGCUGGGAGUGUCAGGUUACCAAGGAAACCAAGGCAGGCCAGCCAAGGUCUGGAGAAGGACAGAGCCAGCACUCCCUGAUCCCCCACGUACCUUGGGCCCAGUGGCCCUCCUGCAGGGCGGGCUGAGGGCUGUGCGGAGAGGAAUAGUCCUGGGCCUCCAGAGACACCCCAGCCCAGCCUCCCCAACCAGGACUGACAGUCCUGCUGGGUGUCUUCCUAGGUUCUCUGGCUCUGCUGCCCUCUAACCGGGACCAGUGUUCCAGCCUCAGGGCAUUCCCUAGCUUGGAGGCAGCUCACCGUCUGUAUCCCAGAAGGGAAACUGAGGCAUAGAGGGCUACUGUUUUCCAUCCCUCAGCAUUGGGAUGAGAACCCUUGGCCAUCUAUACAGGACGCCAGAGUUUGGGCUCAAAGUCAGGGACCGGGCCAGGGCCAAAGCCCCAGGGACCCCCCAGUCCCCGGCAGCAUGACUACGGGAGUGACCCUGGCCUGGUUUUUGUAUCUCAACCAGGUGAGAUGUGCCGACCCCAUCCUUGGUCUCCCCAAACCAGCAGCUUCUCUGUGCUCCGGAGACAAGCCAGAGAUCAGACACAGGAAGGAGGGCCUGUCUUCCCUUGUUCUGGGCCACCUUCCAGCUCUGCUGUAGGGAGUGGGGUGACAGGAUGGGACUUGCAGGGCGGCCUCGAGGUGGUGGGAAAGCUGGGUGGACAGCGUCUUCGGCUCCCCCGGAGGCAGAGAGAGACCCAGGCCCCGCCUUCUAGGGCUCCCAGCCUUGAUGGAGGGCGCUUUGAGACGGGAAGCAGGACCUCCCGGGCUGCCUGGCCCUGGACAGGACCGCUUCUGCACGGGGCUGGCUCAGGCCUGGAGAGUGGACUCUCGGGAGUGGGUGGGGCAGGAGAGUUCCGAUAAGUGUGGGGACUGCUUGUCUUCCUGGUCCUGGUCUCUGGCUGUCGGGAGGAAGGGCCUGCCCAGAACAAUGGCCGGAGCCGGGCCAGACUGGGUCAGCUCUGGGGGGAGGGGCUGCCAGGCAGGACAGCCUCUGCAGGGCUGGGCCAAGCAGGGCGGUGAUCUGGCUCUGCCUUUUGCUUCCUUCCUAGAUGGAGCUGCCUGUCCUGGGAGCCUGGACUGCGCCCUGAAGAGGCGGGCGCGGUGCCCCCCCGGUGCACAUGUCUGUGGGCCCUGCCUUCAGCCCUUCCAGGAAGACCCGCAGGGACAGUGUGUGCCCAGGACGCGCCGGCUUGUGGGGGAGAGCCUGCCCAGGCCCAGACUGGAAGAUGAGAUUGACUUCCUGGCCCACGAGCUGGCCCGGCAGGAGCCAGGGCACUCCAUGCUCACGGCUCAGCCCCAGCCGGAAGCUGGACAGCGGCCGCUGGAGCCGGCGGCCACCCUGGGGCUCUCAGAGCGCCGCCAGGGCCCCGACCUGGGCCCCCCCUCCACUCGAGGAGCCCCCGCACCCACGCCCCACACCUCUUUGGGCUCCCCUGUGUCCUCUGUGCCCGUGCACGUGGCCCCCUUGGAGCCCCGGGGCUGGCGCGGUGACGGACUCGCCCUCGUGCUCGUCGUGGCGUGCUCGGUAGCCGGCGCGGCCGCCCUGGCCCUGGCCGCCCUGUGCUGGUGCAGGCUGCAGCGAGACGUCCGCCUGACCCAGAAGGCCGACUACGCGGCCCCGCAGGCGCCCGGCUCCCCCGCAGCGCCCGGGAUCUCGCCCGGCGACCAGAGGCUCGCGCAGAGCGCCGAGAUGUACCACUACCAGCACCAGAGGCAGCAGUUGCGGUGCCUGGAGCGGCAUAAAGAGCCGCCCCAGGAGCUGGAGUCCUUGUCCUCAGACGAGGAGAACGAAGACGGUGACUUCACGGUUUACGAGUGCCCGGGCCUGGCCCCGACCGGAGAGAUGGAGGUCCGGAAUCCGCUGUUCGACCACUCCUCGCUGUCCACGCCCCUGCCACAGUGACCUGAAGGCUGCCUCUCUCUUCUCCUGGACUGCAUGGCCCAGGGGUGGGGAGGGGCAGGGCACACCGGUUCCCUUAAACACACCUUGUUCUCGCAGUGGGUGUGCUUGUGGCUGGGCCAGGGCACCAGAGGGGUGGGGGCGGGAACCCCUGACGGAGGAGACUUCGCGCCCUUCUGCCGGGACCUUCUCUUGCACCUGUCCUGUUGAGUCCUUACCCCCAAAUGAGGGGACAGGGAGAACCGUGAGACCAGGCAAGGAUGAGGAAUCCUGGCAACAAUUAAAAUACAUUUCAAACCCGUC